CGCCCCCCCCCCCCCCAAACAUCCACAUCCAAGCUACAUACAGCACAAUGCCUGCCAUCCAGAAGGGAGACCUCGUCCUCGUGUCCGGCGCGUCGGGAUACAUUGCUACCCAAACCGUCAAGGACCUCCUCGACGCCGGGUACCCCGUCCGCGGUACCGUCCGCUCUGCUGACAAGGGCGAGUUCCUCAAGGACCUCUUCAAGGACUCGGCUGUUCCCUUUGACUAUGUCAUUGUGAAGGACAUUGCUGAGCCCGGAGCCUUCGACGAAGCCGUCAAGGGUGUCGUCGGCGUGGCGCACACCGCGUCCCCCUUCCACCUCAAGGCCGACGACCCCGACGAGCUCAUCAAGCCCGCGGUCAACGGCACCGUCGGCAUUCUCGACUCGAUCAAGAAGAACAACCCCAACGUCAAGCGUGUCGUCAUCACGUCGUCGGUCGCCGCCAUCCUGGACGACGACAUUCCCAAGCCCCACACUUACGAGGAGGACCACUGGAACGAGUACUCAGUCCGCGAGGUCAAGGAGAAGGGCCGCAACGCGACCAACGGCGACAAGUACCGCGCGUCCAAGACGCUCGCCGAGAAGGCCUUCUGGAAGUGGAUCGAGGACAACAAGCCCUCGUGGGAUGGUGCGGCCAUCCACCCAUCUCUUGUUCUCGGCCCGAUUCUGCAGCCCGUCAAGAGUGUCGCAGAGCUUAACACUUCUGUUGCUGGCCUCGUCAACUGGUUUACUGGGAACCACCAGGAGGCCGAGCUCAAGGCCAUCAAGGAGGCACCCUUCAACUGGGUCGACGUCCGCGACGUGUCCCUUGGCCAUCUCCGUGCACUCACUACCCCUGAGGCUUCGGGCCAGCGCUUCAUUACCAGCAACGGUGCCGUGUCGCCCAUUGACUUUGUCCUGAGCUUUGCCAAGCACUACCCAGACCGCAAGACGUACCCCAAUGGUGACGCCGAGGCCUCGCGUAGGAAGGAGAUCAACGCUGCGGCCAACUUUUACAAUGGGGCCAAGGCGACCAAGGUGCUUGGUGUGCAGUACCACGAUCUCGACGGCUCGAUCAAGGACACUAUUGACAGUGUGAUCCAGCGCCUUGGAGUCUAAGGUCGUGCAAGGAUGCAUGCCUCGCCGACUACGCCGCCGCCGCUGUCAGGGCCUGGAGCCGAAGCAGGUUUGAGGAUUUUGUGGUCGUGUGAUCCAUUUUGUACGCAAUGAUACAGCGCGAUAGGUCGGAAUGCAAGACAUGUGUCAAGAG